UCGCUGGCAGCACUGGUGUAUUAUAUUUCGUGCUGUCGUCGGUUGCGCAGUAAAUUUGGUGGCAAAAUGAAAAAGCACGAUUGAUCGUUUCUCACAAAUUUAUCUCAAGUUGAUAAAUAGAUAAUAAAUAUUGCAAUCGUCAAUCUGUGGAGAUAUAAACGGACGUACUCAAUCUCAGUGUAGAUUAGUCCGUCUGGGUAGAAGAAUCUUCGAAAAACGAUUAUGCAGAAACUUUAGAAAACAAUACUGUGUGGUUGUUUUCGCGCGGUGUAAAGUUUGGAUUGUGUUCGAUUUUUGAAUUAAAUAAAAAUAAAAUGGAGACCUAUAUAGGAGGACUUUUACCCGAGUAUUUUUAUAAUUUUGUGGAAGAACUGGAUGAACAUCCUUGGUUAUUUUCUGCUCUUGCAUCUAUGCUGGUCGGCUUGAGUGGAAUCCUGCCUUUGUUAAUAAUUCCUAUCGACGAAACAGCAUCGUUUAAAGACGGAGCUGGUGCAGCGACACUGCGGAUACUACUAAGCUUUGCAGUGGGAGGUUUAUUGGGAGAUGUCUUCCUGCAUCUUCUGCCCGAGGCUUGGCAACACGACCUGGCCGCUACUAAAGAAGGAGAACAUGUCUCGAUGAAAUGCGGUCUCUGGUGUCUUUUUGGGAUGUUAGUAUUUAUCGUGGUGGAGAAACUCUUUGCGGGCGGUGAAGAAGACGAAGAUGUUCCUCAGGCAAAUGGCUCUGUAAACCACAUUGAGAUAGAGGAGAUUGAGAAGCUUCUAGAAGUUGAGAGAAUGAAUAAAGGGAAAGUGAAAGGGGGACUUUGUGGUGGCGGCGGCGGCAACGGUACUGUGUCGGCUAAAGAGCUGUAUGACACCUGUGUCUUCAACAACAAUACGAAGGGAGAAGGCGGAUGUUGCAGUACAAUAGUGACGACAACGAACGGAGCAGUCCGGUGUAAGGGUAACCGCUGGAUGGGCAGGUGUCUGCUGCGCGAAGCUCGAGAGAAGGCGUUGAAGGCUAGCAAGGAAAAAAGCGAGAAGAAAGACGUGGCAGGAUACCUAAACCUGAUGGCUAACUCCAUAGACAACUUCACACACGGGCUGGCCGUCGGCGGGUCGUUCCUGGUCGGCUUCAGAGUCGGGCUGCUCACAACUUUUGCUAUACUUGUUCACGAAAUACCACACGAAGUCGGCGACUUCGCUAUUCUACUUAAAAGCGGCUUCUCGCGAUGGGAAGCGGCUAAAGCUCAACUGGCCACAGCAUCAGCGGGUCUGAUCGGUGCAAUGACUGCUGUUAUAUUCAGCGGAGCCAGGAACGCUAUAGAGGCGAAAACGUCGUGGAUAGUGCCGUUCACUGCGGGAGGGUUCCUGCACAUAGCACUCGUGACGGUGUUGCCGGACCUGCUCCGGGAGAACGACAAGAUGGAGUCGCUUAAACACCUGGGAGCUCUCAUCGCCGGCAUUCUCGUCAUGGCAUUCAUGACACAAUACUUCGGGUAAAAACGUGACACCCUCGGGAUAAUAUCAACGGCUGGUGCCUACCGUCUGAUGGACAUCCGCUCUGCGUUUAUACAAUCAAUGAAACUAUACAAAAAAACCUAAAUGUAGGUUGAGCUAAAACUUUAAAUGUAUCCAAGCAUUUUAUAUGUUAAGUAAACAGUUCAUUAAUUAGUUUAAAUCAAAUUUAAUCGUACAACAGAUACGAGUUAUAACCAUAGAUUGGUCGCUGUAAUCCUAUAACAUGAAUCACCUACUAAUUUUACAAAUGUAUGACAGCAAAAUGUAUACUUAUUUAUUAAUCGAGGAAAUUGUAAUGUCGGACAAAAAUAUGUUACGAUCGCGGCUGUGAACCGAUUUAGAAUAUUUCAUGUCAAGUAAUAAGAAAAAUCACAGGAGCAUAUAGGAAUGAAAGUUAAACUGUGUGACUUAUAAUUCAAGUAACGUUAUGUUAUUUUAAAGUUACGACAGUAACAGCUGUAAUUAAAUAAUAAAAUAAAGAAAUUGCCACCUCAAAUUUUGGCCGGCAAAGUUAUUUUACUAUAAUAAAACUCGACGCUCUAAAUAUUUUAAUAAUCAUAACCGGUUUUUCUUAUCGCUUUCUGAUAUUACAGAAUCGCUCUACAAACAUUAAAAAAUGGCAGCAAAAUUUUUAAAAUACCUGCAUGAUUUUAUUUAUGAUAGCCAUAAAAAAAUUGAUAUAAAAUCGGAAACUAUUUAGUGAUUGAAUUAGCCAGUGUAACACAGACAUAAAGAACAUAACACCUUAGCUUCAAAGGUUAUCGACACAUUGGUGAUGUAAGGAAAGGUUAAUAUUUCUUACAGCGAAAAUGUUUAUGAGCGGCGGUGACCGCUGACCGUCAGGUGGCCCAUUCGCCCGUCCGCUAAAGAUAAAUCCGCAUUUUACUAUAUGCUUCACAUUAAAAAUCAAUGUUAUAUAUUAAGUAUCUUGAUUUGUCGAGUCAUGUCUAUCGGACAGUCAAAGUAUUAUAAUUUUCAAAGCGAAAUGAAAUAUUAAACUAGGAUUAGUUAGAUUUAAUGUAAUGUACUUUAUCUUGUUAUAUUCGUACUAUUCGAGUCGUAAGCGUGUAAUACUCCACUAUAGACUAACAUUGAAUAUCACCUAGUGAUGACAAUAUUAUAAUACAAAAUGAUGUCUAUGUGGCAAUAAACAGGAUUUUCCUCCGUUUUAAAUAUAUUAAAUUAAUAUAUUCGAUAAAUUCUUGAUAAGAUUUCCUUUAUACAUAUUUAGUGUUAAAAGUAAAGUUGAUUACAUUGUGCUCAAAUAUAUUUUAUAUUCAUUAUUCCUUAACAUCAUACGAUUGGUGGUUUAAAUAUAAUAUAAAUUUAAAUAUGGGGGAAAAUCUUAUUGAUAUGUUUAGAUACCCACGUGUACGAAGGCGGGUGUACACGCAUAAUCAAUUAUUCGCCACCCCGGGCAUUUUUUUAUCUGAUCACAAAUACUAUCAGAGGAAACUUAGUAUUUAACAACAAUUUGUACUUUAUAACAACAGUCUCUAAUACUGAUUAAAAAAAAAAGAACUAAUUUAAAUACAAGAACAGUUCUGUUGAUAUUUUAUUAUUUAAAUAAUUAAGUAAAAUAUUCUUUGGUUAUAAGUUAAUGUGUGCUAUAACUUUUUUAAUAUAAUUAAAUAUUUGAAGUCAUAUAAUAUAAUAGUCCGGUUUCAUAUUAUUUUUCAUAUGCACUUGUUUUAUUAUUAUUGUGUUAAGUUUUAUAAAUUUAAAACUCGAAUGCCAUAUAUUGUACAUAACAUGUAAAUAUAAUGUAGGGAUCAGUCUUAGUUGAUAGUACAAACUCCACUAAAAUGUGAUAGUACCAUUUUAUAGGUUUAAAAAAAUCAUUGCUUCUUAUAUUUUUUUGCUUUUUAUACAUUACAAAAGAUUUUUUUUUUCAUUUUUAAAAUCACCACUGUGUUUAAAAUUUCUUAAAUAAAUUAAUAAAAGAAUUUAAAAUUAGUAAACAGAUUAAAUCUUAAACUUUUCUGCAUUUUAGUAAUACAUAAGGUGUGAUAAAUAUGGCCAUUUAUAAGUAUUGUAUCGUAUAUUUUAUGAAG